AUGGAACUCUCAGUCCUUGCGGGGACGAUCCUCGCGGUCGUCAUCGGCUUGUAUGCCGUGGAAUCAGCCAUCAUCCUCUCCAAAGGCACGAAAGAGCCCAAAUACGUCCGUCCCCGCGUCCCGCUCAUCGGUCACCUCAUCGGCAUCUCCAAACACACCACAGGACCGUAUUUCACCCAGAUUGCCUCCACGCAAAAGUCGGGCAUCUUCGUCCUGCCCGUCUUCACUCUCAAGCUCUAUGUCAUCGUGGAGCGCAGACUCGUCGGCGCCAUCCAGCGCCAUGCGAAAACCCUAUCAUUCACGCCAUUUGCGGCCAAAGUCGCGAGCAAGCUCAGUGGCGUUGGUGAGAUUGCCCUCAAGAUGCACAAUCACCUCGAGGGCCCGCCCGAAGCCAAGGAGUACGACAGGGUCCAGCGAGCGGCUCUUUCGGCUGGUACAGAUUUGGAUGCCAUGACUCUCGUCGCGACCAAAGUGCAGAUGAAGCACGUCGACAACCUUUUCGCCAAUGCAUCCAAGACAUCCGGAGCGCGAAUUGAGCUGUACGAAUGGGUGAGGCACCUUAUCAGCGUAUCGGCAUCGGAAGGGAUGUUCGGGCCAAUGAACCCAUUCAAUGACCCUGUACAUGAGGCAGACUUUUGGUAUGUAGAAUCUGGAAAUAGGACAUUCGCAGACGCAUCUCACCUCAUGAUGAUAGGAGGACUGACGCCAAAGUUGUUCGCAAGAAGCGCAGUACGGGCCAGAGAACGCAACGGCAAACGCUACGAAGAGUACGUUCGCCGGGGCGGCGUCGAUGACUCCUCGGGCCUAGUCAAGGCCAGAUACCGCGUCCUCAAAGCAAACGGUGCAACAGACGACGAGAUAGCCCGUAUCCACAUCGGUUUCGACAUUGCAAUGUUAGCCAACUACGCCCCGACGGCAUUCUGGGCGCUCUACGAAGUUCUUUCUCGCCCAAGUCUGGUCGCGGAGAUCCGCGAGGAAGUCCGCAACGCCGUUGUCACCGACGGCGAGGACGCUGACUUUACUCUCGACCUGUCCAUCAUCAAAAGAGCGUGCCCGCUUCUUCUGUCUUCCGUCCAGGAGACUCAGCGGCUGAACUCCGUGCAGAUGGCUAUCCGCGAGAUCCUCCGCGACACAAACGUCACCAUCGACGACAAGGAGGUUCUUCUGAAGAAGGGAAACUUCUUGCAGGUCAACGGCAUCACGAUGUUGCAAAGCGAGGAGACGUGGGGGCCUAAUGCGGCCGAGUAUGAUCCGUACCGCUUCAUCAAGAUGAAGAGAACGCCUGGUACGCCCGGGGUGGCUGCAGCCAAUGAGUUGCCGCCGAAUGCGUUCUCAGUAUGGGGUCUCGCGCCACAUGUUUGUCCUGCAAGAUGGUACGCGACGGGGGGCAUUCUGGCAAUGAUUGCGAUGAUGGUCUUGAGAUUCGACUUUGAUGUUGAGGAAGACUGGAAGGUGGAUGAAUCGAGCGGCAGGGCAUGGAAGAAGCCACAGGCAGCCAAGGGGUUCUCGGCUCUGCCCUCGCCUGCUGAGCCGGUGCCUCUCUUUUUGAAGGCGAGAAAGGAGUUUGAAGGGAAGUGGGGAGUGAGAAUUGGAGCGCCGAGUACGAGACUUCAACUCUCGGUGGCUUAG